CGAGCAGUCUGAUCAAUAUGCUAUCAUGCACUGCUGAUGCUGAUGUGGAAAGUCCCCGCGUGCAGACAGAACGAUUUGAGGCAAUCAGAUAGCAAUCCAAUGACUGAAAUGUGCUCUAGCGUUGCAAGGGUCAACAUGGCCAACAGCAAUCUCCGGUUACGAACGCUUCAUGUUCUAUUCCUUUUGCAAAGAGAGUGCAACUCGGCUUUCGCUGGCUACCCCGCGGCUGCGGUAGCUUAGGCCGGUCAGCCGGAGAGCAAACAAGAUGAGAACAGGUUCUUGGUGGCGCGAGUUGAAGACAAAUUUUUGUUCGAUACCUAGGUAUUGAGGCGGCAUCUCUGCGACGCCAAAAACGCAUCUGUCCUGUUUAUGCCAUCAUGUCUCCUCUCUCGGCGCCUAGCAUAUCAAAAAGAUCCCGAGGCUGUUGAAAUUAGACCUUGUUGGCAUGUUCCUCCUUCUUAACAUGCUCCACCGUUGCCUCGACUUUCUCUGUCAUCAACUCUUUGACGCCUUCGAGGAAGAAAAUGGCGACCAGUGCAAGAACUACGAAUGGGAUAAUGCUUGCCCAUGCAACGCGGUAAGCACGAGCAUAAGCCCAGUGGCUUGCGUCAAGAGCCUUUUCGAGGAUGGCAGGGUUGAUGCCUGGAACAUUGGUGAACCCUGUGCCUGUUGACAGGGCCUCCAGCAAGGCAGAUACCGAAGACUUUGGUAGACCUGCCUCCACUGCUGCAUUUCCCACCUUGGUUGGAUAUGACUUCAGUUUGCCAUUGAUGAUAGCAUCUAGGACAGCAGAACCAAACGCGCCUCCUAUCGCUCGAGCAGAGAAACCAAGUCCCGUGGCCGUCGAGAGGAACGCAUGAGGUGCAGUGAAUUGUACCAACGCCACAAUCAGUGUGAGUGGUCCCGACUGACCAAGGCCAGAGAGCACGUUGAAGCCAAUUUGUGCUUUGUUCAUGUUUGGUGUGAUGACUGCAUAACAAAUGCAGCUGUAUCAAGUCAGCCAUGGUGCCAGCAACCUCAGCCGAAUCGUGCAAUCGUGUACUCACACAGCCAGGAAUAUGAUGAAGGUCACUAUCAGUGGGGACUUUAGAUCCUUGUAUUUGGUGGCGUACAGACUGCAUGCGAUGGUUAGAUUGGGCCAACUCUCAAGAUUCGGUUGACGCAUGGCAAGCACUCACGUCAGUGGAAUGGAAGCAAACAGUGUUACAAGAUUGUACGACAAUUGUCUGAUGGAGAUGUCCCAAGCGUUUGUUUCGAAGCCGAGAUUGAGCACAAUUUGGGGUGUGACGCUGUUGACCGCGCUGUAGAACAGCCAGCCCUCGACUGCAAAAGCGAAAACCGAGAGGGCAAAGUUGUUGUUGCCCUUGAAGAAGACAUGGGCGACGAGACCGUCAGAUCGACCCUUCCAUUCUGCAAGAAUUUGUUAGCGUAUGAUCUCACGGAAUGACUUUGACCACGUACCAUAUAUGCAGAAGAGUGCAAGGAAUCCAAACCCGAUACCGAGAGGGGCCGCAACAUGAGCAUCAGACCAUUCAUAUGCCCCGCCAGCCCAAUCCAGGGCAAGCAGCAGGAGGGUGCAGGCGACGAUGAAAAGGAAAGAUCCAAUGGGAUCUAUAGCCCAGAGAUAUCCCUUGAAAGACAUUUUUGGAAAGUCAGAAUGGCGCGUCGGGUGGUAGAACAGCAUGAGGCCAAGGAACGUUGCCAGAUGGAACGCUGCUUGCAUCCAGAAUAUAUCGCGCCAGCCGGAUGGACUGGCAUUGGUCACACCGCCAGAGCCUAGGACACCGACUCUGUGUUCACAACCAUGUCAGCAAAGUUGACCUCGGGCAAAAGCUCUUGCAUGUCACAUACAGUCCGCCUACUGCUCCUCCCAGGAAGGCGAAUCCAUUGGCCAAUGCCCUGUAUUUCAAGGGCAGCACCUCGCUCGGAAUGGCUUGAACGAUAGAGAUGGUACUGAGUGUCACGCCAAUGAGAAUACCGCCUCCUAUAAGCAUCGACAUCGAAGUGGCUUUGGCUGAUACGACUGCUCCGGCAAAAGCGAUCAAGGCUGGCACAGAAGCCAAAUAUUUGCGGUCAAGGACGUCGCUCAGUCGGCCCACAAUCGGCGAAAGUACACUUUGCAUGAGUAGUGGCCCCUCUAUGAGUCAAGCCGUUAGCAAGUCACAGCCGGAGAGGGGAGGGUUCUCUUACGAAUGAUCCAGCCAGCAAUCGAGGCGUCACCCAGGUCUCGAAUGAUGAAUGCGAUGACUGAUCCUGCUGCCACCACUACGAAAACCUGUGCCAUAAUGGCAAAACAUGUCACGAAGACAACCAGCCAUGACCGCCAGCUCAGAUUGAUGUGCUCGGCCUCUUUGAGCUCUUGAAUGUGUUGCAUAGGAGGCUCAAACUCGACCGCAUGCAGACGCUCUUCCGCGCGGGCAUUUUCAAUUGUCUCUGUUUGAACGGGAUCCUUUUCGCUGCUCAUCUUCGCCGUUAUGACUCCACGCAGCAGAGGGACGCAGUGUUGCGGUCGUUGCAGGAGGUGUACUGCAGAUAGAGAUACUUAUUCCUGCAGUUUGAGCACUUCGAGGGAUUUCCAGUAUAGGAUCUGUUGCGCCAUCAGAUAUACCAGACGAACCCCGGACCGGGGUUUAUGCCAAUCAUGCUGGUAGCUCGAGAGGCUGGCACGGGCCCGUCCCGGCAGUUGUCUUGGAAGCCUCGCCACGACCGCAAGUCCGGCUGUGCCUCCAAGACAAGCGAAGUCUGCCCAGAGAAUAGCAAGGGCAACGGAUAAGUCUGACCAAUCUUGAUGCAGGUCAUCAGCUUAAGGCCAAAGAGGGACCAUUUUGACUUUGAAGAGGGACAUUUCCCCUGGGGCCUCGUGACUUUGGCUGCCGUUCUGGGGUUUCGGCAAUUGCUCUAGAGAGAGUCGAGGGACUGCAUUGUCGCGGCCAAAGGGUUUGGCAAACCUCAGAUCUCGGCAUCUCUUUUACCAGCGCGAAAGUGGGCAAACCCCGCGGGUAGGCAGCUGGUCGUCUUGUGGGAUUUUUGCGGAGAAGCCUCAUGUGGGGGUCUCCACAAGUACCGCGUCCCUUGUUCCAACGACAGCACUGGAGAUCAGGAUGAGCUUUUACAGUGCCCGCGAUGCAUGCGAACGGGUGUUCUUUGGGACGAUGCGCUUUCGCCAACUGAGUCUUAGGACGUCAAGCCAGGUUAUAUGCCCGCAUCCGCAUUCGAUCAAAGUUGGAGCAUAGCCCGGGAUGAAUCUGCGGAGGGAAACGCCGUUGUGCCUUCUUGUAGCCCAUCCUGGUAAUCUUUUUCCAAGCUGAUUCGAGCAGCUGGUGAACAAUGGGCUGGUGAGUUGUCGGGCUCAGGAGGCUACGCAUUUCUGCCAAACAGGGACUCGUUAUGCCAGAACAAGAGCACAUCGCUUGGUCGGCGUAUGACUGCUGGAUUGUAUGACUCAGAUCUUCUUGAUGCCUUGACGCCGGUGCAGCAGACAGGAAACCGCAGACGUACACUCUCUGGGCAAAGCGUUCCUCAACACCGGCAUCACUGAACAGCCUUGCCAAGAUAGACGAGGCUGGGGAGUGAAGCUUCAGUUUCCCAUAUCAACGCAGGGGCUGAAAGAACCAGAUUUGCCAUGAAGUAUGUGCUGCAUUGGCGGGUAAGUGAUAUUGUCACGUCACUGCAGGCGCGGCAGCGACUCGACCUGCCUCCUCGACAGUGAAGUGUGUAGGUGCGGCGCAGAAGCCCUAGUGAUAUUCUUCGCCAAGGGGUCGCAGAAAAGAAGUGCGACAUCAUUGGCAAAGAGGAGAUAACCCCUCCCGUUUGGGAAGAGAGUCGAGGUGAGCCGGCCUAUUUAUUUCUCGCCAGUUUCGAUCUGCUCCGUCGAUUCUUUCCUUCACUUCAUAGGAACCGGGUUGGACUCCCACGAAGACCCUGGCGGCGACCCAACAGCCAUGGAUCCCGCACAGCCCGACUACGAUGAGAACCAGGUCGCUGGGAGUGACGAUGGCAACAGCAACGAUCGUGACAAUGAAGCCUCCAACACCAACGUCGACGAAAUUUCACCCGACCUAAAUGCGAACGGCAAGCGACCAAGUCGUGCUGGCAGCCAUGACACUGAUGACAACAAUGGAUCACAACACAACAUGUCGACACCACCGCCACAGUCAAGAAGAGGAAGAAGAAAACCUUCUAUGAAAAAAGGCGCACAGGACACACGUGAAAGACGGAAGAGAGAAAAGGUCUACAAAGAUGAAGCAAGAUCAGCCGUGGACCCAGAGAUCAUGACACAGGUGGAAAAUGACAAGAGUAUCCCACCGGACGGCCGCCUGGCUCGUGCAUGUACCCUCACGAUCCAGAAGUUGCGGAGGGAACUGGCUGCUGCAAAAGACAAGGCGGCCGCUGAUGAUAAUGAAGACACAAGUGACCCAGGCGAUGAGGCUCCGGCGGCACCAAAGAACGAUGAGCUCCAGGCGGCAUGGAAAGAAGAUGUGGACCGACAGCUGGAUGAACUGUGGACUAUCAUUCAGCCUCUGGCUGAUGCUGCUGCUAGGCAAGCGGAUCAUGAGUCUUAGGAUGCCAUCGGAGACAUGCACAACCAGAAUGCUGUCAAACUUGAAGAGGGCUGGAACCAUGGUCUACCUAGCUUAUUCUUGACAUGAGAAAUCAUAACUAUGUCUCUUUG